AUGAAUGGGACUAGUGAAAGCCAGCAGGAAGCUAGUCACAUGAAAAGUAUUCUGAAUGCGAGAACCAUACUUAAAUUGGGUUUUUGGAAUGUCCGUACCAUGUAUGAGGCAGGAAAACAAGCCCAAGUGUUAAGAGAAAUGAAGGAAAACAAGCUGCACAUAUUAGGUAUAAGUGAAUGUAGAUGGACAGGGUUUGGCAAAAACUUGACAAAUACAGAAGACACGAUCAUAUAUUCUGGUAGAAACGAUGACAAACACCAGGGGAGAGUUGCCAUCAUCCUCAACAAAUCAUCUUCUAAAUCACUCAUUGAGUAUAAUCCAGUCAGUGAAAGAAUAAUAACAGCAAGACUAAAUACAAAACCUAUAAAGACAUCAAUCAUCCAAGUCUAUUCUCCAACAAAUGAAGCUGAUAAAGAAAUUAAGAUAGAAUUUUAUGAAAUGCUUCAAGCUGAGAUAGAGAAAAUCCCCCAAAAAGACCUAACAAUCAUCAUGGGAGAUUUUAAUGCUAAAGUAGGGCAAGACAACAGUGGUUUUGAGAAAAUAAUGGGAAAACAUGGCUGUGGGAUCAUGAACGAAAAUGGAGAACAUCUAGUACACUUCUGUGGACUGAACAAUCUUGUAAUAGGUGGAACAUUAUUCCGACACAAGGAUGUCCAUAAGCUGACUUGGGUAUCACCUGGAGGCAGCGAUAAAAACCAGAUCGACCACAUAGCAAUUAAUGGCAAAUGGAGGAGAUCCUUACAGGAUGUGAGAGUAAGGCGAGGCGCUGAUGUUGGAAGUGACCAUCAUCUUGUCACAGCAAACAUCAAACUCAAACUAAUGAGAGCAUCAGAACCUUGCAGGGUACAGAGAUUCGACACAGUGAAACUCAGACACAUGAAAACCAACCAUGACUUCAAAUUAGAACUUAAGAAUCGCUUUCAACUCUUAGAACAACUAAAAAGUAACAACACUGAAGAAAGUGAAACAGUAGAUGAACAAUGGCAAGAAGUGGAAGAUCUGUUUAAAAAGACCAGUGAAAAAAUAUUGGGUUUCAAACGCCAAAAGCACAAAGAAUGGACCAAACAAGAGACAUGGUCGCUGAUUGACAACAGGAAAGAGCUAAAGAAAAAGAUCUGCAACACUCACUCUGAUAGACUAAAAGACAGACUAAGGGACCAAUUCUCUAACUGUAACAAGGACGUUAAGAAAGCCACCAGAAAAGAUAAGAAAGAUUUCAUUGAGGGAUUGGCUCUAGAGGCUGAAAAAGCUGCGUCUGAGCAAAGAAUGGGCGACCUUUACCAAAUUACGAAGAAACUUUGUGGUAAAAAAAGAAACACCAACAUGCCAGUAAAAGACAAACAGGCAAACAUUCUUCAUACACCAUUCAAAAAGAUUUGGCAAACUAUCAAGAUACCGAAAAACUGGUCAGAAGGUAACAUCAUAAGACUGGCUAAGAAAGGUGAUAUCACAAACUGCAACAACUGGAGAGGAAUCACCUUAUUACCGAUCCCAAGCAAAAUUUUCACCAAAAUCUUAAUAGACAGAAUUAAAACAGCAAUUGAUAACAAACUCAGAAAAGAACAGGCAGGCUUUAGAAAAGGAAGGAAUUGUUGUGACCACAUAUUUGUGCUACGAAACAUCAUUGAACAGUGCACAGAAUGGCAGAGACAAUUAAUAAUCAACUUUAUAGACUUUGAAAAAGCCUUUGACAGCAUACACAGAGAAAGCUUAUGGAAGAUUUUACGAUGCUAUGGAAUACCAGCAAAAAUAGUACAACUUAUCAAAAUGUUCUAUACAGAAUUCAGAUGCACUGUGAGAACUUCAUCAGACAUCAGCUUUCUAGUAAAAUCUGGAGUUAGACAAGGCUGUGUUAUGUCUUCCCUUCUAUUCAUUAUAGUUGUCGAUUGGGUAAUGAAUUCCACCAUCAGUAACAGCAACAACACAGGCAUUAGGUGGACUCUUUUUAACUACCUAGAAGAUCUGAACUAUGCAGAUGAUCUGGCCUUAUUGUCGCAUCUAGAAACACACAUGCAAGACAAAACCACUAAGUUACAAAAGAAUGCAAGUUUGAUUGGAUUAAACAUCAACAUCAAGAAAUCAGAAGUCAUGCCUCUUAAUACCACAGAGCCUCCUUUAAUAGAUUUAAAUGGAACACCCCUAGACUGCACUUCAUCUUUCACCUACUUGGGCAGCAUAGUAACAUCUGAAGGAGGAGCAGACAAAGACAUCAGAGCCAGAAUAGGAAAAGCAAGAAGUGCAUUUUUAAAACUAAGACACAUCUGGAAGACAAGCAACAUCAGUAAGAACACCAAAAUAAGAUUAUAUAACAGUUGUGUACUAGCAGUGCUGCUAUAUGGGGCGGAAUGCUGGAGAAUGACAGAAAAAGACAUCAACAAGCUCUCCAGUUUUCACAAUGGUUGCCUUAGAAAGAUCUUAUAA